AAGUUUAUUCUUCUUCUUCUUCUUCUUCUUCUUCACUUCUAUAUCAAUCCUCCACUUAACUUAGCCAACACUACUCGCUUGGAUCUGUUUUAACCCAGAAAUUUGAGUUACUGGGUCUAUGAUAAAUUUAGCUCAAAUUUCUCGACUCCACUAAAUUCUGUGAGACUCUUCAAUUUUCCUGCCUCUGAAUGUUUUAGCUGCUGAUUACACACAUUUUCAUUCUUUACAUCAGCGAUGAAUUUUGUGCGGACAAAUUUAUUGGUUCUUGUAGUGAUCUUUCUCUUUCAAUGUGUGAACUCAUACCCAACAAUACCCAUGAAUUGUACGGACACUACGCGCCUGUGCACAUCGUUUUUGGCCUUCAGGCCUCAAGAGAACCAGACCCUUGCUGUGGUCCAGAGCAUGUUCGACGUAUUGCCUGGUGAUAUUACUAUUGAAGGGAACAACCACGGCUAUGUGUUUAUCAAGAAAAAUUGCUCUUGUUUGUCUACUACCAAGAACUAUGUGACUAACACCACGUUUACAGUUAAAUCAAAUGAAGGGAAUGUGAAUGAGAUGGUGGUGGAGGCCUAUGAUGGUCUUGCUAUUGUGCCUGAUACUACAAGAAAGGCAAAGGCAGGUGCAGUGGUGUCAUUGAGACUAUUCUGUGGUUGUUCAAGUGGACUGUGGAAUUACUUGAUGAGUUAUGUGAUGAUGGAGGGGGACAGCUUGGGGUCAUUAGCUAGUCGAUUUGGGGUUAGCAUGGAUGUCAUUGAGGAAUUCAACGGGAUUGACAAUCCUGAUAAUGUCACUGUGGGUGAUCUGUACUAUAUACCCCUGAAUUCAGUUCCCGGUGAGCCUUAUCCUGUGGAAAUUGGCAGUCCCCCUGCCCCUGCUCCUGCUCUUCCACCAUCUACUGAUGGUUUUGCAGCAGAUCAAGUAAAUCAUAAGGCUCAUGUACCCUAUGGAUGGAUCUUAGGAAGUUCAGGCUUUGCUCUUGCUUUUAUUAUGUUAAGCGUGGUUCUUUGUGUCUUCUUGAGGACGUCAUGCUGCUCCACUGAAGCCCAAAGUAAGCAUGCGAAAGAUCUUGAUGGCAAGAGUUCACAUAAGUUUCAUAUUCUUCGGAAGCCAAGUUUCUGUUGUGCUUCAGGGAGGUACACGUGCUGCAAGGCUGGGGAUGUGAAGCAAACCAAUGGGGACUCUAGCAACCAUCAGAUUACUAUUCCCAAAGCUUUAAGUGCUGACAUGUUUGACAUGGAGAAGCCUGUGGUUGUUACAUAUGAUGAAAUUAAUUUUGCAACUGAUGGGUUCUCUGAUUCGAGGCUCCUUGGUCAUGGAACAUAUGGUUCUGUGUAUUCUGGCCUCCUCCGUGACCAGGAAGUUUCUGUUAAAAGAAUGACAGCCACAAAAACUAAAGAAUUUAUGUCGGAGAUGAAAGUCCUGUGCAAGGUUCAUCAUACAAAUCUGGUAGAAUUGAUUGGCUAUGCGGCUAGUGAUGAUGAACUUUUCCUUAUAUAUGAAUAUGCACAGAAGGGUUCACUUAAAAGUCACUUAGUUGAUCCUCAGAACAAGGGUCAUACAUCACUUUCGUGGAUCAUGAGGGUCCAAAUUGCACUUGAUGCAGCUAGAGGUCUUGAAUACAUUCAUGAACACACUAGAACUCAUUAUGUUCAUCGAGAUAUCAAGACAAGCAACAUCUUACUUGAUGGUGCCUUCAGGGCUAAGAUUUCAGAUUUUGGUUUGGCAAAACUAGUUGGAAAAACUUGUGAUGGAGAAGCAUCAGCAACUAAAGUUGUUGGCACAUAUGGUUAUCUGGCUCCAGAGUACUUGAGCAAUGGCCUUGCCACAACCAAGAGUGAUGUGUACGCAUUUGGUGUAGUUCUCUUUGAAAUUAUAUCUGGACGGGAGGCUAUUAUACGAACAGAGGGCAUAACGACGAAAAAUCCUGAAAGACGUUCACUGGCAUCCAUUAUGUUGGCAGCACUGAGGAGCACACCCGACUCUAUGAGCAUGUCAAGCAUGAAAGAUUACAUUGACUCUAAUAUGAUGGAUUUAUAUCCCCGUGAUUGUUUAUACAAGAUGGCUAUGCUGGCAAAACAAUGCGUGGAUGACGACCCCAUCCUACGCCCAGACAUGAAGCAAGUCGUGAUUUCAUUGUCACAGAUCCUUCUGUCCACUGUCGAAUGGGAAGCAACUCUUGCCGGAAACAGUAUGGUCUUCAGCGGCCUUGUCCAAGGGAGAUAGUGAUGGUUGCAAACUCCUCAAUCCCAUUCCUUUCACAUCCUCUUCUUUCUUAUUAUGUAAUUGUAUGUCUUUUUUGGUGUUAGCCUUUCUGAGUUCUGUUAUAUUCUAAAUAUAUUCUUUAAGGAAUCUUGUUCUUGGCCAAAAAUAUUUUGAUGUGCGCGGCGAGGAUGCGUUUGAGGCUAAGCAAUGUAGAACUUUGUAAUACUAGUAAAGCCUUUUUGAGUAUACCCCUUAUGUUUGUACAUCUUGACAAUGCAUGCAAAUGCAUAAUUCUGUCUUCUUUGCCAGGAACUAAGCAUACAUCACGCAAUUCUGUUCUUGCUCUCAGUGGUUGUCAACCGACGCAGAAUGUGCUUCACCAGCAUCCAUUGAAACUAAAUACGAUGUUGGUUCCUCUGUUUCAUGUUGUAACUGUUCAGAUAACACCAGCUUAGUGAUAAACCUUCUGUUAAGCAGGUUUACAAAAGGAGGGGCAAGAAGGGCAAGACGCAUCAAGGACAAGUGGAAGGCUGAGAUUGGAGCAUGUGUCAUUGUUAGCUGCUGAUACAAUUCUGUUUUUCGAUGAUCAUGUCUUCUGUCGUUUGGUGUGGACAUAUAUCUGCCAGUAGGUCAGUGGUGGUGUGGACAUAUACCUGCGAGUAGGUUAGUGGUAAUGAGCAGGUUUUGUGAGGUUAUUUGUAAGAAGACACUAGCUCCUCGAAAGCUAACUUAUCCCUGUAUUCCUGUUUUCUUACGUUCCCAGUUUAAUCUUUCAUCAA